AUGGAGGACCAAGGCGAGCCCGGUAUUGCGCCUCAGCCUGAUGGCGCCGAUACCACAUUUGCAACUCGUGGUCCCCUCGAAGUCGACGUUCAUGGCCUCACGGCCAGGUUCUUUCUCGACAUCCCCAUCGAUGAAGUGAUCCCACAACGUUUUCUGAUACAAGCUGAGAGACACUCUUUCACUCACUGCAAGGCCUGGAUUUUUCGUAAUGGCACCGAUGACGGCCGAGAUAUCGACCUGGAUGAGUGGUCACCAGUCGAUAUGCGCUACCGCGGAGUUUUCAAAACCCUUGCCAAGGUCCCGCUGUUUAGCAAAGGUCUGUGGGAAGGUGGAUGUGAGCUAUUCGACUAUGAGGUGGGCACCAAAAACCCUAGGGUGCAAGCCCAUGUUGUCUAUGCGCUUCUGCAUGAGAUCGGUGACAUGCUGAAUAUCUCACGACCAACUUCCAAGGCCAAUGUUAUCUUUUAUCCAAAACCGCGUCUUGUUUCUCGCGCACUUGAAUACUGGACAGGCUACCGAGAGAAGUACAAAGAUGGACCUCGUGCUGCAGGCUUUUUGUCGCUCGAUUUCUAUCCCCAACAGGACUUUUCAAUUUCAUUGUAUCCUGUUUCAACCACCACAGAGGCUGAAACUUUCAGCUCAUGCCUCCGAGAGAAGUUCAAGCUCAUUCUCGGCCAGCUUCUACUCCACCUUCGACCUCUCCGUGCUCCAGGCGACAAGCUCCCAGAUCAGGAGGUUUUCCUGGUAGGCCUACAUGGCUCAAAGCUUCACAUCUUGCGAGCAUUCUUUCCAGGCCAAAAGACCUCAAGUCUCUGGUGCCAGCGCGAGCUCCCAAUGCCCGAAGCUUUCAUCUCUGGUCUUACAUUCCAAGACCAACCCCCCAGCCCUCCAGCCUCUUACACAUCAGCCACGAAUGAUGCACAGGCAUACCACAUCGAACAAACAGAAGAUGCCCCAGAACACGAGAGCAGCACCACCGAGAAUACUAACCGUCCCCGAUCCCAGAGCAACCGCUUCUAUACAACCGAAAACCUCGAGCGAAUCCGCCAACAUCUGGAAGAAGCCAAGCUUAGCACUCUAGACAACGAGCUCGAGGUCCGCACAUUCCGUGUCCUCGGAACUCGCGAAUAUGACUUGUGGAACCAGAAAGACCUCAAAGAAGCGGUUCAUUCCCUGGCUGCGUUGGAGCUCUACCUCUUCAGCGGCGAAGCCCGUUGCGGUGGCAUCCAAGAAAUCUUCGAAUGGAACCCCUGGGACCCGUACGCUGGCAGUGAAGACAGUAAUCCCGUGGAAAGCGAUGAAGAGCGCACUGCCCGACUGGAGACCGACAUACAGCUUGAGCAGCGGAUGUUCGCCGAGCAGGAGGAAGAUCUCCGACGCGAGGAGCUGAUUCGCAGGGCGGAUGAUUGGGAGGCUACUCGAUGUAGCGAAGCUUUGAGGAGCUCUGGUGAGGAUCGGAUUGGUAGUUUGAGCGAGUCGGAUGCAACCAGCGAGUGCUGGGAUUGGAUAUGGUCUGAUGAUGAGAUGGAUGCCAACGAGACGAAGGAUACCAAUUCUGAUACGGAUGAGAAUAUCAUGGGGCAGUUAGAUUCGGGCAUCAACCCGUGA